ACCACCUAAGUCUUAAUAAUACCGACAGUUCAGAUUCUUGGGCUUUAUAUCAGUGUUUGAAAUUGAAUCCCAAUUUCAACGAGUUCACCAAAAAACACUUGCGACCAAAAAAACAAAAACUCCAUCAUCAUGGAAGAAUGCAAACCCUGUCACAUACUGUUAGGCUCUAUCCAAGAAAGGAGAAAACAUUAGCGAAAACCCACACCCCAUCUAUAACCACGGAGCUGAGAUUCCAUGUCCUGCUUCCCCAACCUCAUAUAGUGCACCCUCCCCUUUCUCUUUCUCUCUCCCUCUCAAUGUUUCGUAGAUUCCUCACCACCUCUCUCUCGCGCACCAAUCCUCCCCUCCUCCUCAACCCAAAACCACUCAACCCUAAAAUCUUCACAACCCCCAAUUCCCUCAUCCAAACACGCCCCAACCCGAAACUCAUUCUCCAAUUUUCUUCAAACCCACGAUUCUUCUCCCAAAUGAGCGAUGCUCGACGACCCGGUUCGGUUCCCAUACCCAACAUCGAAAAAGCCGACCGCUCCGAGCUUCUUCGUGCUCUUGAGGCCUCUCUUGGCUCAGCUUUCAGCCCUGAGCCACUCUGGCCCAAUCCCAGUCCUCUGGUUAUUGUCAUAAGCGGUCCAAGCGGUGUGGGCAAGGACGCUGUGAUAAGAAAGCUCAAGGAUUUGAACGAAAACUUGCAUUUUGUGGUCACGGCGACCAGCCGGGAAAUACGGCCCGGUGAAGUUCAUGGUAAAGAUUAUUACUUUGUGAGCAAAGAGGAGUUUCUUACAAUGGUUGAGAGAAAUGAGCUUUUGGAAUAUGCAUUGGUGUAUGGAGACUAUAAGGGUAUACCAAAACAGCAGAUAAGGGAUUAUAUGGGAAAAGGAUAUGACAUAGUUUUGAGAGUUGACAUUCAGGGUGCUCAAACUUUGAGGAGGAUUCUUGGGAAUUCGGCUGUUUUUAUCUUUUUGAUGGCAGAGAGUGAAGCCAAGCUUGUGGAGAGGUUGAUUGAUAGGAAAACUGAGACUAAGGAGUCUCUUCUUGUUAGAAUUGCCACUGCCAGGGAGGAGGUGAAGCAUGUUAACAAUUUUGACUAUGUUGUGGUCAAUGCAGAAGGGAGGUUAGACAAUGCUGUUAAGUUGGUCGAGUCCAUUAUCGACGCAGAGAAAGCUAAGGUCCGGCAGAGGCAUUCUGUGAUAUAGCUUUGGCGGUAAUUGAGUUGCUUUUGUAGCUCGUCUCUUGUCUGAGUUUUCUGGUGGAGGGCAUGGAAGCAUAAUCAAGUGUUGCCUGCUUCAAAAUUUUCUGCAAGUCCUACAGUCAAGAGAUUUAGUGGAACUCCGAGGACGAAUUUUUCUUGGUGUAUUCUGAAUUUAUGCUACAAAAGCUUUGAGAUGAAAUUCUUUAUUUUUUAAUGACAGAUAUUAAUUGAAUUAUAUGUUAAUACAUUGGUAGUCGGUAUGAAUGGAAGAUUCAUUUUGUGGGUUUA